CGGUGAGCUUACCGUCUAUUCAUUCCCUCCUGAAACGCCAUGAAAGUGGCUUCGAAGCUCAUCGUCCUCGUCGCCGACGACGAAGGCUUCGGCGCCUCCCUCGCCGGAGCUCUGCGAUCGAGCCCUGGUUCUAAUCUAACUCGAUCAGAGGCAACCCCUUUCGAGGUCUCUCUGGAGAACUAUGGCAUCAUGGAGCGCAAAGCUAGCGGUGAUUUAGUUCAAUUCCUCGAUCCUCAUGGAUCGCCGCAGGUGUCUAUACUGCUUUUGCCAAAUUAUGAACCUCCUGUGGCUGCAUGUGCCAUCAGAGAAAUUCUGGCAACAAUUGUUUCAGACAAAUCUUCCGAACCACCUACAUUAAUUGUUCCUUAUGUUGCAAAGACAGUUAAGCAUAACUAUGAAGUGAGAAUCCAAACACCAUUUGAACAGGAAGGAAAAGUUUAUGGUGCUGAGGUUGGUGUGUCGACUGAAUUUACUAAGGUCAUGCUUGCUGCAACUGCUCGGCCUCCUCCAUCACUACAGAUUCAUUGUGAAGCCUUGGCCUGCUUGCUGCAUAUGGUUCGCGUGUUGAAGCUGCCCGCAUUUGUUCUUAUUGCGGCUAGUAGCCAAAAUCAGACCAGGAGGUCCGCAGAUUACGUGCCCGAGGCUUUAUUUUCCGUCGGACAAUUCUUGGCUGACCAUUGCGGGUUGUACAUCUCCAAAGACGAGAUCCAGUGGAAGCCGAGUGCACAGUCACAUAAACCAGCCGAAGAACCAUGGCGUGCUUUAUAUGGAUGAACAAUCAGACAGUUCUGAAGCAUCAGAGUCUUAAGUUACAUCAUGUUUAACCAGAUGGUGAAAGAAAUUCGCAAAGAAACUCUCGAUACGCAUGCAUCUAUAUGGACUAAUCCGAUUCUUGGCUGCGUCCGAGUCACGUUUUGUCGGGUGCUUUUGAACUUCUUGUUGCCAAUAUAGCAUGCAGAGACUAUAAUCUUUUUGGAGCAGAUAAACCUUUCUCCAGUAGUGGAUUUUGAUGUUAUUGAUUGUGACCUUGGAAUGUAUAUCCUGGUGUUGCUUCAUAAACUCUAGACAGUCACAAGGGAAUAAUUAUUGGUUAUGUUUGCGUUGGAGAGAGGAUAUAAUUAUUCUGGAUUAUACCAAACAAUAUCAGUAAAACACAAAAUUCAAUUUUCUAUGAUGGGGCACUUUUUUAA